GCUUGGAAGGCGUGGUUUUAUCUCACAGACACGCGCCUGACAUUCUUUCAUUGAUAAUCCGUCGAGCGCGCCAGCUAGUGCACGAGCAGCGCGUCAAUAGCGCACUAAUCAAACGAAAAUGAUAUGAAUAUGAGACGGACGCACACGUACAAGGGAAGCCUUGGAGGAGACAAUAUCAGGCUUUCAGUGGUGAACCAAACUGAGUUAGGGAUAUAUUGACUUUGAAUUUUCAUCACACAAAAGGGAUUCAACAUGGAAAAUGUACCAAACCCCAAAAGGACUGUCACUGUCCAGAUGAUGCCUCAGCUCACUAGUAUAGAUGUGCUUGGAAAUAAGGAGUUAAAUGCUAACUGGGACAUUGAACCAAAGUUAACCUUAAAUCAGGAUUGCUCCUCUGGCAAAAAAACUAAACCAGAUCACGAUAACAUGAACCUCAAGUCCUCCGUCAAAGAUUGCCACACCACUCUUCUUGGUGGGACUGUCCUUGAAGACAAAAACAUGUCAUCCCAUGGCAGUGAAGAUCACAGGCAACCUCAAAAUAGUCACACAAACAUGAAGACGUCAGGUCAGUGUGCCAGGAACGCUGAAGGUAAAAGAACUGAUACCAAUUCGAACUUGAAAAUUGUCCUUUCAACAUCCAGCCCAUCAUCUACAGCUACAAAUAACAAGGAGAAAAAUAGUAAUAGCACAACAAAGACACUUGAAAACGAACAACAUGAGCCCAAAACACAGAGCAAAGCAUCAGUAGCUGAAGAAGCUAGUGCAAUCAAAGAGACCCGUCACAAUGAAAUACCAUGCCAAGCUCAGGCUUCCCUUCAGGAGAAAUCAUCUCCCAGCAUCAACAAUACAAUCAAGGACAUGUCACUUCUAUCCGAAUCAAAAGAUGUAGGUUGCAACACCAGCGUAACCAUCACCAGCAGUUCCCCAUCUGAACUGGCAUCCACCACCAAUGCUCCUAAAACGGAUUACUCCCGAGUUGCAACAACCGAAUCUUCUCAACCAGCACCUGGGACAAGUAUUAAGACCCCACAACCGCACCAGAUCCAUUAUACGCCCGUUAAAGAGGACAAAUGUAGCAAUGCUUGCUUGAAGAAGGACUUUAAACUGCCAGGUACCUCUCAAGAGACUACUUCUGGACACCUACUGGAGUCUUCGACUAGCAAUGCAAGUCUCUCAAUCCACACAGAAGUGACUGAUGAAGAGGUCCUGAUGCCAGGAGCAUCUCCUGAAGAGCAGAAGUCGGUCCACUGCAAACUUUAUCGUGAGGCUUCUACCAUGACUUCAACAGCUGAGUUUGGCAACCAACCCGGCACGAAACGGCAUGAUGUGGAGGUGCAGGCGGUGCCCACGGUCUGCAGUCAAUCUACAGCCACUAGCCCUAGUCUUCUAUCUCUACAACCCCAUCGGAGAUCAGUUGGCCUGCUACCUAAGGAGACUGACAGUAUAGCAUUGGUCACUGAGGUGAAGACCACCUCAGAGAUUUAUUGCAGUACACCAUCUGUUGUUUCAUCCAGUACGAAACCCCCACAGUCUGGCACGGUGAUGGUGCAUGUAGAUGCUGACCUUCAGGAAGAGUCCAAGCUUGGGGCCAAGCCUAAAGAGCCUCUACACAACAGCCAAAAAGGAUUUUCACCUCUUCAACCGGUUUAUCAGAUCAAUAUCGAGACCUGCAGCCAAACCAAACAAACAAACGAGACUACGAGCCAAGGUUCGGCUGCAUCUGGUCCUCAUAAUGUGGCCUGUGUGCAGGAACCCAAUGCAACAUCUGAUAAGGCCUGCAAGGAUCUGCCAGAAAAAUUGGCCAAGCCUCCUGCAUCUAAAUCCAAGCUGCCUAAGGAGGCAGUAUCUGCAAAACCUCCGAAGGACAUUACAACGGCUACUCCUCCAACAUCAAGCUCCACACCACAGAGCAAAAAGAGAGACCGGCAACAGCAGGGAGCAUCCAAACUAGACCCUGAGAAAGAUGACCAAGAGGCCAAGCAAUCAAAGAAGAGCGUGCAUGAUGUUGUGUGGGACGAGCAAGGUAUGACAUGGGAGGUAUACGGAGCAUCGGUAGAUCUCGAGUCGCUGGGUUUUGCCAUUCAAAGUCACCUGCAGUGCAAAAUCAAGGAGCAUGAGAAGAUCUUCACCCAGACAUCUCUCAGAAAAACAUUGGCUCCACCUCCCGGCAAGAAGAACAAAAGAAGGCAGGUUAACAUCAACUUCAGGUCCAUGUUUCAAAAUGUUCGCCGACCCAACUGUUGCUCGCGGCAGUCAGUGCUAGAAUGAAAGACGAUUGGUUGUCCUUGACGUGAUCUUCCAUUGGACUGUGCAAAGCAUGCUGGGAGAGUGCUCUCAUUUGUUUUUUGAAGAGUUUGUUAAAAAUAGAAACUAAUGGUGAUCUGAGUGUUAUUAAUCUUAAAGGAAAUAUUUUUAGAAAAUUAUGAAAUUAUUUAUGGUGAUAGUAAAACUAUAAUGAUGUUUAGAGUGCAAUGGCAAUAAUUAUAAUUAAUAUAAUAAUGGUAAGUAUAAUAUGUAGUAAUCUGCAUGUGUAGCCUAUUAGUUGGCAGAAUGGCAGUCUUCUAACUACCCAAGAUUAUGCACUGUACUGAAGAGCAGAUGUAUGCAUAUAACCUUUUUAACUGACUUUGUUUCGUUGAAUAUCUUUUUAAAACUCGACAGGUAGUAGAUAUUUGUUUAGCAUAAUUUCAUUUGUAACAUACCGUUGAUUUAUUGUGAAUAUUUAAACUUUUUUUUUUAUUUUAAAUAGACAAAGAGUUUCCCGAUGCUUGUUGCCAUACUUGGUGUAAACUGAGCCUGUUUCUGUUCAAAAACACAAUAGUGAUGUUACUAUGAUUUUAUAUUAAAACGCGAAAAAAGCA